AUGUGGACUAGCAAUCAGAGCUCACAAGAUGAUUUUAUCUUAUUGGGAUUUUCUGACCGCCCUUGGCUAGAGACACCACUUUUUGUAAUCUUUCUGAUAGCUUACAUCUUUGCCCUCUUCGGAAAUAUCUCUAUUAUCCUAGUUUCCCGCCUAGAUCCUCAGCUUGACAGUCCCAUGUACUUUUUUGUAUCAAAUCUAUCCCUUUUGGACCUCUGUUAUACAACCAGCACUGUCCCACAGAUGCUGGUCAAUCUUAAAGGACCAGAAAAGACCAUCAGCUAUGGGGGCUGUGUUGCCCAACUCUACAUUUUUUUGGCCUUGGGUUCCACUGAAUGCCUCCUUCUGGCGAUCAUGGCCUUCGAUCGUUACGCAGCCAUUUGCAAGCCCCUUCACUACCCAGUCAUCAUGAACCAGAGACGAUGUGUCCACAUGGCCUCUGGUACCUGGAUUAGUGGUUUUGCUAACUCUCUUGUCCAGUCCACGCUCACGGUGAUGGUCCCAAGAUGUGGACAGAGGGUGAUAGACCACUUCUUCUGUGAAGUUCCUGCCCUUUUGAAACUUGCAUGUACGGAUACGAGUGUGAAUGAGGCUGAGCUCAAUGUUCUUGGGGCUCUGUUACUCUUGGUACCACUCGCUCUCAUCCUGGGCACUUACGUGUUUAUUGCUCAGGCAGUGAUGAAAAUCCGCUCCGCUGAGAGCCGCUGGAAGGCCUUUAAUACCUGUGCUUCACAUUUACUUGUGGUCUUCCUGUUCUACUUUACAGCCAUCAGUAUGUAUGUCCAGCCCCCCUCUAGCUAUUCUCGUGACAGGGGUAAGAUCAUGGCUCUCUUUUACGGCAUUGUCACACCUACCCUCAACCCAUUUAUCUAUACAUUGAGAAACAAAGAUGUGAAGGCUGCCCUGAGAAGAGCACUGACCAAGGAGUUUUGGGUGAAGACACGAUGA